AUUUACAGCAACUGCCGGUCCGAACAUAAAUUCCGUCUGUUUUAUGUUUUAACAAAACAUUUUUGAAUUAGUCUUUACAAAAAAGGUCAUAUGGCCGAUGACAAUCCAUACGUGCAAUCUAUUUAUCGGCAAAUUGUUACUGAACAUUUUCAGUCAAACGAAUGGAAAGAAAUUUUAAUUAAUCCUGAAGGUGCUCCAACUACUUUGCGUGAUGAAAGCACAUUACCCCGAUCAGGUGGUCACUGUUUUAAAGACAUUCCUAACCGUUUUAUAUUCUGGCGAGUUUUAUAUGAUAAACUUGAAUUAAUUGAACACAGUUUGGAUAUAAAUCUUACCGAAAAUCAGGUGCGUAUACUUUUCCGCAAUUCUCCUGUUUUGGACAGUGGAAUCUCAGUUUAUGAAACUUCAGAAUCAAUCGUUUUAUUAGUACCUACAGUAUGUAGUUGUCAUCGAUUAACAUUUCCAAAACCAAUUCGUCAAGAAAAUAAAUCUUAUAAUAAAAAUGUAUUGACAGAGGCAUCAAUUUUCUCAAACUUUCACUUAUCAUCCAUCGAUAAUCCUACUACAUUUUGUUCAUAUAACGCAGAACUUAGUCAUCCAUAUUCAGCCGCAUCAUGUUUACAUCAAAAUUAUGAUGCUAUUUUUAUAAUAGCUCUACAGAACAAUGCCAUGCUUUACAUACGUUUAAAAUACAUCUCUGGGCUACCUACCUUAAAAAAAAUUUGUCAAGAAUCUGCUGUACCUCGAAUGUUUUCAAAUAUAACUAAAAUAUUUUCUGCGCAUAUUGACUAUCCCGUUAUUAACAGUUUAGCUGUUCAUCCAUUUGAACAAGACAUUUAUGUAUACUCUCUGGAUGAUGCUUGUGAUUUAAAAGUUUGGUCUGUUAAUAAAUCUAUUUAUAUUCAUAUAAUGGAUAUGAAAAAAAUAUAUGCAACAUCAACAGAAAAUGGUUCAAGACCACAUAUUAUUCAUAAAUGUUUUGAAGAUAAACUUUUAUUAACUAUUUACCUUAGUUUAUCGGAAAGUUCCAGAUUUGUGGUUCUUGAACCAUGCAUUGACCAUGGUAUGUUUAAACUUCAACAACAUUUUUAUGUGUACUCACCUAUGAAAAGUAGACUAACUGAUAUGGCAUUAUACGGUGAUGAAAUUUGGUGUAAUUGGAGAACUGGAAAGGAUAUUGCCUGUAUCAAAUCCAUAAGUAUAAGAAAUGGUAGAUGGAAAAACUGUAUUUUGGAUACAAUUGAUUUUGAACAACCUACUCAAUUUUCAAUUAAUUCAAAAGAAACUUAUUUGGAUCAAAUAUUUUCAUCCACAUCUUAUUUCACAGAAGAUGAUUUGAAAAACGCUAUUGCUGUUUAUGAUACAUCUGAUAACUGUGACAUUAUUAUUGAUUAUCGUACAAAGAUAAGUAAUGCAAUUGAUACAAAAGUAUAUCGGGAAAUGGACAAAUAUGACUCAACUGAUACAGAGACACAAAUGCUACUUGUUGAACAAUGCAGUGCUAGUUUUUAUAAAAGCUGUUUGGAUUACCGCCGUAAAAGAUUAGCUCCUAUUGGACUAAUAUGGCUGGGCCCACCAUCUUUUUUAAUGCUUGUUGUAACAAAUUCAAGUUUUUGCUUUUUACGGCCAUCAGAUAAUGUUGAAGAAAAUAUAUAUUCAAUUUAUAAUCUUGAACAAAAAACCGAAUUCAAUAAGUUACUUAAUACACUGAUGUCUGAACCAAAAAACAAUUUUAACUUGUUUUUAGAUUUAAAUUUAUCUUCUAAUUGUUUUUUGGAUUUAGUUAGAAAAUAUUAUGGUUAUGACACCAAUGAUCCAAAUGUAGAAUUAUUUUUAAAUGGAUGUAAUAUAACUAAAAGUGUUCGUAUAUUAAUUGAGAUGCUACAUGCUAAUCCAGGAGCAAUCAAAAACAUAAAAAAUAAUCAAUAUUCUAAUUAUUUCAGAAGUAAAUUGGGUAUCAGUGUUGUUUUUCAUAGUUUUCAUCAAAUUAUCAUAACACGUUUUGACUUAUGUUGUAGACUAUUCACAUUAAUGGAGUUAAGCUCUAAAAGUUACGGACAAACUAAAGAAUUUGUUACUGAUAUUUGUAACCUUUUUGCUAGUUAUAGGAUUCUGGCAUUUUUUUUACAUGAUGUAAAGCUAUAUAAAAAAAUGAUUAUAACUAAUAAAUUGUUGGCCAAAGGACCAUUUAUGGAUUAUAUUAAUGGUUUGUUUUACUAUAUAUGGCCACUUGUAAAUGGAUCUAAUCUGGUAAAAUUCUUACUUCAAGAAAAGCAAUACAAUUUCAUACAUCAAAUGGCUCAGUUAUUGGACUUUAAAAAUUGGGAAGAAAUAUUGAUUAUUUCAUAUAUAUUAAAUAAUGAACCAGAUAAAGCACUCCAAGUACUUAAGAAUAACAUUAAAAACGAAACGGAACAUUUUCUUAAAGCAAUCACGCUGUUUGGAAAACACGGUUACCAUGAUCAUGCUGUACAACUUGGAAACCAUGUAUUAGAAAUGUCUAUACAUGAUAGAGGAAAAAACAUGAUAUCAAUGUUUCACUCUCAUAUUUUUCUUAAUAAUUUAAAGCUGAAAGCAUAUCAAAACGCAUACAAUAAUAUUAUAUGUUUGAAGGAUCACGAUCGAAAGUUGAAUUGUUUACAUACAUUUGUGUUGACUUUAUUAGAAAAUGGUGAAAAAGAUAAACUUUUGAGUUUUAAAUUUUCUGGUUUACAAAGUUCAAUAGAAGAUAUAAUUAUAAAAAAAGCACGAUCUUUAUCGAACGCUGAUGCUGCUCCUUUCUAUAUGUUUUUAUGUUCAAUGCUUGAAAAAUAUGGAAAGUACAAAAAACUCGCUAUGACAUUUUAUGAAUUAUAUUUACGUGCAGAUACAUGUGUAACUCAAGAACAGUUUAUAAGAUUGUCACUCUUACAUUUAGAAAUGCUUAAACCGAAUGAUGCUUGGUUUGUUACCGUGUUAUUACCUAUCGAUUCGAAGACUGAUGCGAUUCAUAAUGAAUUAAUAAAAAUUGAACAUUUGAAAAAGAUAUGUUGCUUAGUUCGCGCUCGUCAGCAAAUUGAUGAAUCUGCAAUCAAUAUGGAUGUGAAAAGUGUAGUUUCGGUAUUAAUAAUGAAACAUAAAUACAGAGAAGUAUUGAUUUUAUCUAAAGUGUGGAAUUUACCUAUUUAUUAUCCAAUGAGAGAGUUAGUAAAAACAUGUUUGAAUCUCACUAAUUCUGAUAAAUGUGACAAAUCAUGGCGUUGGCUAGCUGACAACGGAGUUAGUGAUAGUGGUGUUGAUUGCGAGAAAAUUGCUUGGCGCUUUUUAGAAACAUUAGUUGAGAGAUAUGAAGAAGAAGGAAAAACAUUGAUACAUUUACAUGUAGCUGAUGAGCUACUGAAACAUAAUGCAUUUUUACCUUGCUGGCUUGUCAAAACAUUAAAUGAAAGAAAUGUUGGUGAAUUAUUACAACUGUACUUGAACUAUGGGGAGUUGAUUAACUGUGCCGAUAUAAUAUUUAAACUUAUAGAAAAAGAAAUGAGUAGUGGUGAAUAUAGUGUAGAUUCAUUUGGUGAUGCAAUACCUGUAGAUAUCAUAGAAUGUGUAAUAUCAAAUCUAAAACAUCAUCAAUUACAAAUUGGAGAUGAGCUUUUAAAUAAAUAUAAAAUAUUUUAUGAUAAAAUUGUAAAUGAUAACGGUCGAGAAUUUACUGCAACUGUAAUAGAGGAAAUGACAAACUUGUGGCCUGAGUGUAAAAUUAUUCAUGGAAGGCCUCGUUAUUCGCAAUCUCAAGAAAGUGUAAAGCGCUGUAAUCAAGACGUAGAAAACAUGUUGAGGGCAUGGAUGAUAGACAAUCAAAGCACAGAUUGGGGAAUGGGGUGUUAUUUUUCAAUUACAACAGAAGAAGAUUUAAAUGAGUUAAUUAAUACUGAAGUAAGUGAUGAAGUAGAUAGUCACGAAGAAGAAGAUAUCGAAAUAGAUAACGAAAAAACUAACGAAAAGGAUAAUAAUAUAUAUGAUUUUAAAAAUUGCAUUUCUAAAGUGUCUAUCAUAAACAAAGGAUCUUUGUGCGACACGUGUGUAAAAGAAAAACAAAUUCAGAAAGAAAGAGUAGAAGCUUUUGAAGGACAAAAAAAAGCUGCAGAAAAAAUGAUACAAGCUAGUGAUAAGAAAUUAGUUAUAAUUGAAGUUGGGAGUUAUGUUUUAGUUAAUAUUCCAAAGUCAAUAUUCCAAAAGUAG